UAACAGUAACACUGGAAUCACCGCCCACCUUUUCUUCAAAAAAGUAUGUAUUUAUAUUAACAUUUUAAGUGUUUUAUGAUGACACAAUAUGAGACUGUACACUGAUUUGUAAGCACUGUUAAUGUCUUUGUUCUCACCCUGAAAUGAUUUCUUACACUGUGUUUAACAACGUUUUUGAAGCUGCUGUGUUGUGAUAAAUGGCACACUAAGUAUGCUAAGUCUCAGACUGUAUUAGAGUCUGGCUGGUGCAAGCAAACCUCAGUUUUAUUGUCUGGCAUGGCUUUGUGAGAGCUAUGCUCUGUGUUGGUACUCAUCUCUUCCUGCUGGGAUCACUGCCUGGUGCCCACCGCUGUGAGCCAGCCCUGCCACCAUAAUGCCCGCUGACAUAGACCCAACACACAGCCAUGCCACCGAAAUGCCCAUUGCCACAGAGCUACAGUAGCCCACUGCCAACUUAACACUCAACACAACCCUUUCUGGAGCAGGUGUCUGGCAAUGCGAGCAGAACUAAAUGAGGGAAGGGAAGCAGAUGAAAGGAAAACGGAGACUGAGAGAGGCAUUUUAAAACAGGGAAUGAAAGAGAAAUGUGAUUAAUGCCGAUUUACUGCUCUCCUGUCAUCCUGGUGCGAGGAGCUGGGACGGCUGCUCUUGUUGCGGCAUCAGAAGAAUCGUCAGAGCGAUCCACCGGGCAAAGUACCCUUGCAGCCGCCCAUGAACUCCAUGAAGCCCUCGCUCUCACACGGUGAUGGGUCCUUUCCAUAUGACAGUGUUCCCUGGCAACAAAAUGCUAACCAGGCCCCGGGCUCGCUGUCGGUAGUUACGACGGUGUGGGGAGUUACCAAUACAUCACAAAGUCAGGUCUUGGGUAACCCCAUGGCCAAUACCAACAAUCCCAUGAACCCUGGAGGGAAUACUCUAGGGACGAGUAUGUCAGGCAACAACCCAGGGAUCAACUCACCUCAGUUCCCUGGCCAACAACAGCAGUUUUCAGCCAAAGGGGGAUCCAACCAGGCCUACAUGCAGCAAAGCAUGUAUGGGCGUCCAGGGCACCCGGGAGGAGGAGGGUUUGGUGGAAGUUACCCAGGUGGGCCAAAUGCUCCGAGUGGCAUGGGCAUGCCGCCUCAUACACGACCGCCCUCUGAUUUCACCCAACCUGCUGCUGCUGCCGCUGCAGCCGCCGUCGCUGCCGCCGCUGCCACCGCAACAGCUACUGCCACAGCAACCGUGGCAGCCCUGCAAGAGACCAAUAAAGACAUGAACCAGUACAACCAGGUCUGCUCCUCUUUCCAGAUGGGGCCUACGCAAGGCUACAAUAACCAGUUCAUGAACCAGCCAGGGCCCCGUGGGCCCCCGUCCAUGGCUGGAGGCAUGAACCCAGCUGCUAUGGGUGGUGGCAUGAAUAGCUCCAACAUGAGUGGCCCGCCAAUGGGUAUGAACCAGCCCAGGGGCCCAGGGAUGGGGCCCUUCGGUGGCCAUGGCCAAAGGAUGCCUCAACAGGGUUACCCUGGACCCAGACCUCAGUCCAUGCCCAUGCAGGGCACCAAGAGGCACUAUCCAGGAGAGCCUAAUUAUGGAGGCCAGCAGUUUGGACCCAAUGGCCAGUUUCCCAACCAGCAGGGACAGUACCCUAACCCAAACGCUUCUAGACCUCUUCCUUCACCCAAUUACCCUGGGCAAAGGAUGCCAGGACAACAGGGCUCUGGCCAGUACCCUCCUACUGGGGUAGCCAUGGGCCAAUACUAUAAGCAAGAGCCAUUUAAUGGUCAGAACAACAAUUUCUCUGGAGGUGGUUAUGGGUAUAAUCAAGGAAAUGGGCCUCCUCGGCAGGUGGUGAACUACCCCCACUCGCCGGUUCCUGGGAACCCCACGCCACCCAUGACCCCAGGAAGUAGUAUACCGUACAUGUCACCCAGUCAAGAUGUCAAGCCCCCGUUUCCUCCAGACAUGAAGCCAAACAUGACUUCUCUGCCUCCACCUCCAACCAACCCCAACGAGGAGCUGCGUUUGACGUUCCCUGUGAGAGAUGGAGUGGUGCUGGAGCCCUUCAGAUUAGAGCACAACCUGGCCGUCAGUAACCACGUCUUCCAUCUGCGCCCCUCCGUCCACCAGACGCUCAUGUGGAGAUCUGAUCUGGAGCUGCAGUUUAAGUGCUAUCAUCAUGAGGACCGACAAAUGAACACCAAUUGGCCCGCAUCCGUCCAAGUCAGUGUCAAUGCCACCCCACUCACUAUUGAGAGGGGCGACAAUAAAACAUCCCACAAACCCCUGCACCUAAAGCAUGUGUGUCAGCCAGGGAGAAACACCAUCCAGAUAACGGUCACAGCCUGCUGUUGUUCGCACUUGUUCGUGCUGCAGCUGGUCCAUAGGCCAUCGGUGAGAUCGGUCCUGCAAGGGCUCCUCAAGAAGAGGCUCCUUCCUGCCGAACAUUGCAUUACCAAAAUUAAAAGGAACUUCAGUAGCGUAGCAGCCUCCUCUGGGAAUGCCACACUAAAUGGAGAGGAUGGAGUAGAGCAGACAGCCAUCAAAGUGUCCCUCAAGUGUCCAAUCACAUUCCGACGGAUCCAGCUCCCUGCUAGGGGACAUGACUGCAAACACGUGCAGUGCUUUGACUUGGAGUCCUAUCUGCAGCUGAACUGUGAGAGAGGAACGUGGAGAUGUCCUGUAUGCAAUAAAACAGCAUUAUUGGAAGGGCUGGAGGUGGAUCAGUACAUGUGGGGAAUUCUCAAUGCGAUUCAAAAUUCGGAGUUUGAAGAGGUCACCAUCGACCCUACGUGUAGUUGGAGGCCAGUGCCCAUAAAGUCAGACAUUCAUAUAAAGGAGGACCCAGAUGGCCCUCUGGCCAAGCGUUUUAAAACCAUGAGUCCCAGUCAAAUGAUCAUGCCUAAUGUGUUGGAUAUGAUCGCCCAGCUGGGUCCCGGCCCUUCACCCUACACCCCCCUCCACCCUCAGCACGGAGGAAAUAAUGGCGAAUAUGGGGGCCAAGGUAGAGGCAAUAGUUACCAGGGCCAUGGAAACUUUGACUUCUCCCACAGUAACUCUGGUGGCGGAACUCCCAUGAAUGACUUCAUGCACGGACCCCAGCUCUCACAUCCUCCAGACAUGCCCAACAGCCUCAUGGCCCCCGACAAGCCUCUCAUCCACGGCAUGCCCGACUCGAUGCCUCGUCCUGUGAGCGCUGAUCAAUCCCAUGCUUCCAUGCAGCCAGGCAUGCACGCAUCCCCUCACCCCAACAGCCAAUCAGCUCAGCCAUUGCAUCACAGCGGCCCCCCAUCCUCCCAGCCCCCACGCCAGCCCCCGCCCCCCCAGCAGCCAGGCCAAAACAGUCACCCACAUGCUGACAUGACCUUCAACCCCGCCGCCGAUGGGCAGGCAGGUGGCCAGGGACCUGCAGACAUGCCCGAGCCUUCUUUGGAUCUUCUGCCAGAACUGGCGAACCCAGACGAGUUGCUGUCAUACUUAGACCCUCCUGACCUCCCCAGCAGCAGCAAUGACGAUCUGCUUUCCCUUUUUGAGAACAACUGACUUCUUUCGGCCGGCCUUUUGUGGAGGCCCUAAUUUGUUUGGCUGUCAGGAAUCGAGAGACACCAGAAGACUGACUCUGUACUUUGCAAACAGGAACCAGCCAUCCUUUUGCCUCUUCCUCGUGUAAAUAUCUCACCCUUUUACAAGCAACCUUUUCCACACAUAUAUGGCAGCCAUGUUGGUUGGCACUAAAGUGAUAUCUUUCAGUACUAAUGGAAAUACAUGUGCAGCUAUAAUCAGUUCAUAUGAAUACGUCACACAGAACUAUGCCUGUGCUCACUAGGAAAGUAUUGUAGCAUUUUUAAUUCAGAUUUGUUUUCCUUUUGUGAAAAGACCUGAAUAGAAUAUAUAUAUAUAUAUAUAUUCUUCCUAUACCGGCCUCUGUGUGUUCGCAAUCUCUUGAAGGUUUGUUCUUCCAAGUUCUACCACCACGGCUUCCCAAGUCCUUGUCUGCAGGAUGUCCACACUGUUUGUCUGUCCAUCUCCCUCAAAAAAAGCACAAGAGAAUGCGUCAAACUGCACCUGGAAGCCUGUAAAGGAGACAACAAAAGGGAUAAAGCUCAUCUCGGAAUCACCAGAAUGCUCUAACCCUCCCAUCCCAGAGACUAAUGAUGGGAGCCUUGCGAAAGUCCUCCAAACCCUCACGCCACAGGACACGAGAAUGUGUUCUGUUCUAGUACACCGCGCAGCUUUGCACCUCAUUUUGUAAUGCGAUUCAUAUGUCCAGCACCUUCAGACAUAUGCAUCAUGUUCUAAACAAAUGCUAGAGGGCGUCACGGCAUGCAUUCUUUUCCUUCUCAAGACAGAAUUGCAAACAUUUCAGCACUGUACCCAUAAUAUUGUGCAUCUUCCGACAGACUGUUCCUCCUCCCGCAACGUCCUGUGGAUUCUCCACACUAGCGGUCACAGAGCAAGAAGAAAGCAAUUCACAUUUCAAAGGGAAGUCAGUCUUGUGUCAUCUGUCUUCUAUGUGAGUUCUCUUCCUGCAUGAGGCUUGGUCGUCUUAGGCCCUUGUGUUUGCACCCCUCUUCAAACUGCAUACAAUGUUGAAAAAUUCACUGUUGCCAAUCGCCCCUUAUUUUAAGUGAUACUGUUCUGUUCCUCAGUCAUUUCUUCUGUUCUGUUUUAAUGCAGCCUUUUGUUCAUGAACUGUUGUGUUAACGUUUUAUUCUAUAAUGCACAAUAUAUUGUUCAUAUAAUGGUAAUUAUUUUUCUUUCUGUUGUUAAAAAUGUGUACAUUUCUCAAAAGAUGCCAAUGGAUUACCAAAGUUAUGCGCCCUGAUUGAAGAAGGUGACCCAAACCUAUUUUGACAAGCCCAUUUUUAAAUAGUUACCGAUAGAAUUUAAUCAAAUGUAUGUUUCACUUUUAGCAGUGUGUUUACAGGUAAUAUCAUAGUUAUUACACCCCAAACAAUGAAGAAAAUGUUAGAAUAUUAUAUAUAUAGAUUUUUACUUUUUAAUUCAGUUAUAUAAUGAAUCUAUAUAUUAUCUCAGUACCCAUCAAUGCAUUCAAUUCUUACAGAAAAUGUACAUUUCGGUAAAAAAUCAGUCUAACUUUUAUAUCAGUGUACAAGAUGGAUUUUCUUUAAGAUUUCUUAGUUUUUGUUUUUAAAUCAAAAUGGCCAACUUGAAUAAUAGUCCGUAUUUAUGAUAUUGUAACCACAUUUCCGUCAUACUGAUGUUACAAUACUGUUGAAGAAGGCUGACAUCUGUACACCUGAAUACUGUUUGGGAUGUGUUUUGUUUGAUGACACAUCACCGUCUAAACAUGUUUCCAUUUUAAGUUUUUUUUUAUGAUUUGCAAUAUUAGUUUUUAGUUCGUUUUUUUCCCCCCUGUACUUCUUGAUGUAGAAUUAUGUACAAAAAUGAUGUUUGUCGUUGACAGGAAAACGUGGGUUCAAGUUCUAUAGCGUUUGUCUGUAGUUCACUUGUAUAUCCUUUCUCAAAGAUGCACUGCCACAUAUUCGUUCCCACAAAUAAGCAUAAACUGAACUUAAAGACUCCUAAGGUUGUCGGCUCGGAGCUGUCACGUACUAUCGUUGUACAGUCAUUGAAGAGGCAGUGAGUGCUGAGGCAGGAACAGAAGUGUUUAAAUGAAAUAGACAGUGUGUUCACUACACCGCUACAGGUGAGGGUUUAGUGAGGGUCGAAGGAAAAAGGGGGAAGGGGCACAUUAGGGAUGCAUGUACAUAUGUAAAUGAUAAAUAGAGACACGUUAACAGAAAUGUAUUCAUUUUCCCCAGGGGAAUGUGCAUUGUGUAUUUAGAAUUUGUAAAGCUUGCAUCCUCCCAUCAGAAUCUAAAUUGGGUAAAAUGAAUCUGUGUUUGUUAGCGUCUGUGGAACCUCUAAGCAUUUGUUCACUUUUGUAAAAUAUUCAUCCCACAUGACUGAGGAAUCUGGGGAGGGGAUAAAAAGAGACACAUUUGUGUAAUAUUUAGCUUAUGUGUAUUGCUCCAUUUCUUGUGUACUUAAUAAGGUGCUACAGAAGAUAAUGAAGAAAAUCCUGGGGAAAUAAUUUGGACAAUAGGGACAUGGGGCCAGGGGCGGUUCCAAAAGAUUGUAACCAAAAUCCAGAGUUUGUACAAUUUUGAUAUCACGAUCAGGAAAAUUAAAAACGAAUAUGAGGUACAAUCUGAGGUGAUUGGCACCAAACGUCGCAGUUGUCUUUGCUUGUACAUUCUGUUGUACAAUCAUUUCAUAUUCUAAACUGGUCAGAAGAAAAAGAAAAGAAAAAAAAAGAAAAAACUAAUUGUGAUUUUUAGUCUUGCAAAACUGUAUGUAGUUAGAUGCUGUGACAUCCUAAUAUUUAUCUAAUAAAUAUGUAUUCAGAUGAAA